AUGAGGACACACACGCUUUUGUCCAUCACCCUGCUGGGCCUGCUGCUGUGGGCCUCCUGCAGCCGGGCCCACGACUCAGACGCCAAACGGGAGGAAACACCAGAAGAAGACACGUCGGAGGAGACUUCAAGAGAGGAGGUGGAGGAGGAGGAGGAGACCAAAGAGGCCCCGAAGAAAGAGAAAACCACCGAGAUAGAGGAGGAGGAAGAUGUGAUGGUUCUCCACAUCGUCAACUUCGACAGAGCGCUCAGCGAGAACCAAUACCUGCUGGUCGAAUUCUAUGCUCCCUGGUGUGGCCACUGUAAACGCCUGGAGCCUGUUUACGCCGAGGCUGCUGGGAAACUGAAGAAGGAGGAAGGAUCGCUGCGUUUGGCCAAAGUGGACGCCACUGAGGAGAAGGAGCUGGGCGAUGAGUUUGACGUCGGAGGCUUCCCGACUCUGAAGCUGUUCGUGAAAGGAGACCGCAAGCAGCCUGUUGACUUCACCGGGAAGAGGACAGCAGAAGGAAUCAUCCAGUGGAUGAAGCGGCGUGCGGGCCCCGGGGCCCCGCUGCUCCUCUCUGCAGACUCUGCAGCUCAGUUCAUCCACUCCCACAACAUCUCCGUUGUCGGAUUCUUUGAUAAUCUGGAAAGUGAGGCAGCCGAGGCGUUCAAGGAGCUUGCUCUGGAUGUUACUGACACAGAGUUUGCUCUGUCAGCGAGUCCUGAGGUUUUCCAGAAGUUUGAAGUAAAAGCCAACACGGUGGUGCUUUUCAAAAAGUUUGAUGAGGGCAGAGCAGACUUCUCGCUGUCAGAAGACGGGAAGCUAGACAAAACAAAUCUGACCUCCUUCAUCAAGGAGAACAGCCUGGAACUGAUCAUCCCAUUCAGUCAGGAGAAUGCAGAGAAGAUUUUCACCUCCAGCAUCCUGCUGCACAGCCUGCUGUUCAUCAACUCUGGGGAGGAGAGUCAGACGGCACUGGUGGAGGAGGCCAGGGCCAUCGCCAAGGAGUUCAAGGGCAAGAUGCUGUUUGUAGUGAUUGAUGUGACAGCCGCUCUGUCUCAUGUGCUGAACUACUUCGGCGUGUCAGAGAAAGACGCCCCCACCGCUCGCAUCAUCGACAUGGAAACACAGAAGAAGUUCUCCAUCGAUGCCGGAGCUCUCACUGCAGACUCACUGAGACGGCUCUGCCAGGACGUUGUGGCCGGCUCCGCCAAGCCGUACUUAAAGUCUGAGGAGGUCCCAGAGGACUGGAACAAAGGACCGGUCAAAGUCCUGGUGGCCAAGAACUUUGAGUCUGUUGCUCUGGACCCGACCAAGAACGUCUUUGUGGAGUUCUAUGCUCCAUGGUGUGGACACUGUAAGGAGCUGACUCCCAUCUGGGAACAGCUGGGCGAAAAGUAUGCCGACAAAGACGACAUCAUCAUCGCCAAGAUGGACGCCACGGCCAACGAGGUGGAGUCUCUCAACAUUCAGGGAUUCCCCACGCUCAAAUAUUACCCAGCUGGUGACAAAGAGGUGGUCGACUACACAGGAAACAGAGAUCUGGAGACCAUGUCCAAGUUCCUGGAUGCUGGAGGAGUUUUGCCAAAGGAAGAAAGUGAGGAGGAUGAUGAUGAUGAUGAUGAUGAUGAUGAUGAGGACGAGGGAGAUGUAGAAAUAGAAGUGGAAGUUGGCGACGGUGGAGAUGAGGAUGAAGAUGAUUCUGCAGAAAUCCCGACCAACAUUACAUCUAAAGACGAGCUGUGAUUUUUUUUUCGGCCAAUCAGGAUCAACCUUGCGAUUUCUACUUUUUCUUAUAAAAUUAAUUUGGGUUACAAACAUAAAGAGUGACAGGUUUUAAACAUGGCUCAGGUUUUUGUUUUUUAAUGAGCUACUUGAUUUUAUCUAAAACCUGGUUUUCUACAACAAUAGUCACUGUGUGUAAAUAUUAUAUUUCUCUAAAUGAUUUAUGAAUUUAAGACAUACUUAGUAAACAAGUUAUAUAGUUAAAUUUGACUUUGAUUGAUUCUGACUUUUUCAGAGUAAGGAAAAAAUAAAUAAUAUAAGUUU